AUAUAUAUAUGUAUAUAUAGACGUAAUGCGAUAAACGAUAUGUGUAUGUGCAUUAUUUCUCUGAUGUAUUUUCUAUGAUGGAACAAUAUUAUAUAUUGUGCAAUUAAAAAAAGGAAAAAGAAAAAAAAAGAAAAGAAAGAAAAAGUAAAAAAAAAAAAGAAAAGAAAAGAAAAGAAAAGAAAAGAAAAGAGACAGAAAAGAACGUGACACAUCUCAAUCUCAAUCUCUGUUUAAUUAAUAUAUGAAUAUUUUACACAUACACACAUACACACACACACACACACACACACAUAUAUAUAUAUGUAUUUUAAUGAUCAUAAAAUUUCAUCAUAUUGUCCAAAAAGCUAAAAGCAUUAUCUCGAUUAUCUCGAGGAACAUGUUUUAAUAUCAUGUUAUUAACGAUUUUUAUCUUUUAUAGGUAUUUUUUUUUUUCAUUCUUUUUUUCUUUUUUUUUUUUUUUUUUUUUUUUUUUUCGUUUUUCUAUAUAUAACAUUAGAUAACCGCGCGAACUAUUACUGCCAGUAUCGAGAGUAUUCGCCUAUGUUUAAGUCUAUAUACAUACAUAUAUAUAUAUAUAUAUAAUAAGUUAAGUAUUUCUGACACGCUAUAUAUAUAUAUAUAUAUACAUACAUUGGUCUCAUGUACUCAAAUAUGUAAAAGUUUUAAUCUCACUCUCUCUCUCUUUCUCUUUCUCUCUUUCUCUCUCUUUCUCUCUCUCACUCUCUCUCUCCUUCUCUAUUGUUAUCCUAUUUUAUUAUCAUUUUCUUCUCAACUAUACAACUAUAUAAUCCUUUUCUCUCUCCUUCUCGAGCCAUUUCUAUUUUCUUUUCUUUUUCUUUUUUUUUUUUUAAUUGCAUCGUUCGUAUUGAGUAAUUGAGUAUACAUACAUACAUACAUACAUAUAUAUAUAUAUAUAUAUAUAUAUAUAUAUAUAUGUAUGUAUGUAUGUAUGUAUGCAGAAACGUGAAGAGAAAAAAAAGAAAAGAAAAGAAAAAUUGUAUAUUUUCCUAGACUUUCCUUUUUUCACAUAUGUGCGUUGAUCUACUCCCCACCCCUAUCCUCAAUCCCUCCUCUGUUUCACCUUUCCUUUUCUUGAUAGCGUUUGGCAUCGAUUAAAAAAACAAAAAAAACAAAAAAACAACAACAACAAAAACAAAAAUAAGAAAAAAAAUCGAUGCGUUAAAUUAAAUUAAUUAACUAACUCUCUGUACAAAGUCACCCGUCUUCUCUCGCACAUAUUAACAUCCCAUUUAUAUAGACGUGAUGUUUGCGAAUAAAAUUAUUUUCCGAUCAAUGCGAUAUAUCGACGAAGACGUAAUUCAAAUCGUUACAUGAAUUAUUGUGUCUCGUUAUUUGUCAUUAUGUAAAUUAUUUAAAAUACAUGUAUCUAGUUAAAUAUUGGGUGACCCAAAUAAGUCAAAAUAUUUCUUGCUAAUGACAAUUUUAUCCUUAACAUAUUAUACAUUAAUAAAUAAUUUGUGUAUAUAUAUAUAUAUAUAUAUGUAUAUAUAUAUAUAUAUGUACACAUACAAAUUUUAUUCACAUGUACGUAUACGUAACAUAGACACACAUACACAUACAUAUAUAUUGUAUUUAAAAUCAUCAUUUUUGUAUAUGCAAGAAUUAAAAAGAAUUAAUUUCGCAGAUGAUAUGCCCCUGACUAUAGGCAAUCCGUGGCCUUAGAUGUACACGUGUAUGAAACAUAUACGUAUAUUGCUAAUGUUAAUUUUAUCCCGAGUAUAUUGUACAUUAAUAAAUAAUUUGUUUAUAUAUACAUAUAUAUACAUAUAUACAUAUAUAUUUCAUUUACAGGCACAUACACACACAUAUUUCAUAUGUAUAUGUUGUAUUUAAAAAUCGUCAUUUAUAUCGGCAAAGAUUGAAAAAAAGAAUUUUGUUGGUAUUAUGCCCCUGAGAAUAGACAAUCGUACGUACAUGCUUGUAUGAAAUAUAUGUAUCAAUGAAUUAAUCAUCAAUGUGUUAAAUAUUAAGACAUUGUCUUAUAAAGCUAGAUUUAUUUAGAAAAGAAAAAUAGAGGUAUGUAUGAACUCCAUUUCUUUUUUCCUUUUUGUUUCUUUUAUUUUAUUUUUUCUUUUUUUCUUUUCCUUUUUUACGUCAACGUGUAAUUCAAACCGAUAAGAUACGACGAGACAGAAAACUGAAAGAUAACAAGUACAUUCUGUUUCCUAAUAUCCUCGAAGUUUUACUAUCAAAUGAAAUAAAAUCAAGAAAUGCCAUUAUUUGAUAAAAAUCGAACAACAAAAUAUGAUGCAAGUUAAAAGAAAAAUUACUUAGUUACCAUGGCGGCACCUUAUCCGUUUUUUUAUCUUCAAAUAUCUGACAAAUUUUCAUCUGUUAAGGAAGCACAAUGGGUUUAUAAACUGAACCGAAAGUUAGUAAGACAGAUUAAUAAAGAAUCAGGUUUUUUUUUUUUUCAAGUCAAAGCGAUCGUUUUCUUUAGCGCGCAACUUGUCAAUCCUAUUAAGUCAUAAUGAAGAUCAUCAGUUUUUUAUUGGUUGCAGCAUUGUCUUUGAAUCAAGUAAUCGGUGUGAAAGUAAAUGUCAAGGAAGAUUUAAAGAUUACCGAAAAAUGGAUCAAUGAAUCGAAAAUAAAAAUCGAGGAUACCAUUAAGGAUAUUAAUAGAUAUAGAAGUAACAUUCAAUUUAUUUUCAAUAAUAAAAUAAAAGCACGACAGGAACAGGAUGUAAAGAAUAUUCGUUGCAUGACUGAUCUUUUGUUAGAAGAAAUUCGUACAUUCGUCCACGAUGCAAAAAUAAAAGGCAAGAAUCCAACUCAAUGUUACGUGAGUAGUCAAGCAACUACAAGAAUCAUAAGCAAUAAUGGUUAUUCAUCAUUAGACAAAUGUACCAAGAAUGCUCAAAUAUUUAUCGAGCAAUUUCAGACCACCAUCGACGAUGUUAUUACCAUCGGUCAGACACUCACAACAGAUCUAGAUCAUAUCUUUUCCAAUUGUUAUAUACACCUGCCAAAAGUAAUGUUACGUUGUAUAAAACAAAACAUUAAGGAACUCGAGGUAUGCAUUAAGAAUUUCGAAUCAUCAAUAACUUCCAUGAAAACUAGCGGAGAUACUGCCUUCCAUCAAGGCUAUCUCAAUGGUAUCGCAUGUUAUAACAAUGUCAUUGUUAAAACUCGCGAAGGUGUACGAAAUACUCUGGCCGAGGCCGAAUAUUGUAUAAAUAAUUCUUAAUAAUUAUUGUUAAUCAGGGAUGAAAAAUUAAUUUGAGAAAAAAAAAACAACAAAGAAAUAAAUAUAUUUGCUUGA